GUGUAAUAUUGCUGUUGAAGAAGUCGCUUUGCAGUGGGACAUGGUUUUACAAAAAUUUAUGUCCUCACGUUAUCGGCGACCAAGAAAGAGAACCAGUCAACAUUUGGCAUCAUUGAAUUGUCUAUCGGGAACACUCACAGACACAACUGGAGACGUCUUUCAAGAAUCUGCUGUGCUUGUUGUAGAUGGGUUCACGAGAGAGACAAAUAUCCGUGGUGCUGGGCAGCGUACACAACACAAUAAUCGUAGUGGAUGUUGGACAACCAAGUCGGGUAUGAGACUACAGCACGGAGGUAUACUAACUGCUGAUACGGAGAAUAAUAACAUCCUCUUACAAUCCGUUUUAACAGAGGAUUGCACCACCGCCGAACUGGCGCUACUCGCUAAACUGGAGGAGGCAAAUCGCCUCAUUGAGGCUGAUGCCAAAUCAUUAAAUUCAUUGUCGGGUGCAUCCGUGUCGGGACAUUCUCGAAAAAGUUCAGAUACGUCACAAAUAUCAUUAACAUCAGGUACAAGUUCCAGUCAAGAAAGAGGUGAAGAUGAAGAAGAUUUAUGGACAAUAUGGGGUCGAGUUGUAAACGAUUGGGAUAAUUGUUGGAAGAAACGAAAUGCCUGGGUACGCGAACUUGUUCGAAAAGGUGUUCCACAUCAUUUUCGUGGAAUCGUUUGGCAAUUGUUAUGCGGCGCACAUGAAUCUCCUGAGAAAAAACAAUAUGCUGAUUAUAUAAAGGCAACAUCAGCAUGUGAAAAAGUGAUACGCCGUGAUAUUGCUCGCACAUACCCAGAACAUGAUUUUUUCAAGGAGAAAGAUGGAAUGGGACAAGAAUCCUUAUUCAAUGUAAUGAAGGCAUAUUCGUUACAUGAUCGUGAAGUGGGUUAUUGUCAGGGUUCUGGCUUUAUUGUGGGGCUUCUACUUAUGCAGAUGCCAGAAGAAGAAGCAUUUGCCGUAUUAGUAAAAUUAAUGCAAGAGUAUCGUAUGCGUGAUAUGUUUAAACCAAGUAUGGCUGAAUUAGGUGUAUGUAUGUUUCAAUUAGAAAAUUUAGUACAAGAACAAUUACCCGAAUUACAUGUACAUUUUCAAUCACAAAGUUUUCAUACAUCCAUGUACGCGAGUUCAUGGUUCUUAACUUUAUUUACAACAGCGUUAUCAUUACCACUAGCAUGUCGUAUUAUGGAUGUGUUCCUGUCAGAAGGCAUGGAAAUUAUAUUUAAAGUUGCUAUUGCAAUGUUAACAUUGGGUAAAGAGGAUUUAUUGUGUUUGGAUAUGGAAGGAAUGUUAAAGUUUUUCCAAAAAGAAUUACCUCCUCGAGCUGAAGCUGACCCAGAUGGAUUAAUGUUAUUAGCAUACAAUGUUAAAUAUAAUGCGAAGAAAAUGAAAAAAUUAGAAAAAGAAUAUAUUGUGAUGAAAACAAAGGAACAAGAGGAAAUGGUUGAAUUACGAAGAUUACGAUCGGAAAAUCGUAUGUUAAAACAACGUUGUGAAUUAUUGGAAGCUGAAAGUGCAGCAUUAGCUGAUCGUUUAGUACGUGGACAAGUGAGUCGUGCUGAAGAAGAAGAAACUACAUUUGCUGUACAACGUGAGUUAGAUGCCUUGAGGCAUACACACUUGGAAACUGUACACCAGUUGGAAAUGAUACAGGAGGAAGCACGAAGUUUGGCGUUACUUGUACAGGAAAGUAAUUCAUCACGACAAUCUUCAAUCGACGAAAUGUCACUUAAAUUAGAACAAUUAAAACAACGUGAUGAAAUGGUUCAGUGUUUACAGCAAGAGUUAGUGAAAGUGAGAUUACGUGAUGCAGAAAAUGAUGCUUUAGUACGUGAUUUACGUGGACGGAUACAAGAGCUAGAAGAGGAUAAGAAAACAUUACGAGAAACACCACCUGAUAACAGUGUGGCACAUUUACAAGAAGAAUUAAUUGCUGUUAAGCUGCGUGAAGCUGAAGCAAAUUUAUCAUUAAAAGAUUUACGACAACGUGUUGGAGAGCUUAGUGCCCAAUGGCAACGACAUUUGCAGGAGCAUCGCCAAGAAGCAACACCUCCCGCAGAUAGUACACCAAAAAAAUUACUAUUCUGGGAGAAUCGCGGCAAUGAAACACAAAAAUUAGAAGAGGAAUUAAUGACAACACGUAUCCGUGAAAUGGAAACAUUAACCGAAUUAAAAGAAUUACGUUUAAAAGUUAUGGAAUUAGAGACACAAGUACAAGUUGGUACGAAUCAAUUACGGCGUCAAGAUGAGGAAGGUAAACGUUUACGUGAGGAAUUAGAAGCUGGUCUUGUACGUGAACGUGAUGCGGCCACACGUGAACGAGAUCAUCAACGACGUUACGCCGAUUUGGAGGGAAAAAUGAAGGAAGAACAAUUAUCGGCACGUAUUCGAGAUGCCGAACAUGCACAACAAGUUGCUGAACUUAAACAAAAAAUUAGUCGAUUAGAAUUAAAGAAUGAAGAAAUGGUUGCCGAAGGUGAAUUACGCAGUAGUCAUCUUGAUAACGAAACUGUUCGAGAAUUACAAGAUAAAGUAGCCAAUUUAAAAGCUGAGGUCAUGAGAUUACAAUCAUGGAAAGAUUAUUGGACAAGUGGUGGUAAAACCGCACGAGUACCAACCGAACGAUCACAUUCAAUUGAUAGCACAGAAUUAGAUGAUCAACGUUCUGAUGCUCUAGACGAUCCAAAUUUACAUUUGCAUUUACCGUUAGAUCAAAAUGAUCUGUUAAUAUCACCAGAUAGUGGGAAUCCAUCACCAACCACUACAACACCUGCAACAGAUGUCAGCAGCACAAUAGUCAAUCAACAAAGAUCGUCUUCGAUAGAUCAAUCAGAGCAACAAACUGUUUGACACUAAAUUCACCUCUUUCAUGUUUACUUUUUUUUUGAAUUAUUCUUUAAUUUUACUUGACUGAAAAUAUUUUAGAAUUUGUUUUUUGUAAGAUAGAAACGACAAACAAAUAUCAGAAGUGGGAAUUGUUAUUAGAAACUUUGUGAUUGGAUACAAAUUCAACAUGGUGGUCUUGUUCAAACUGUAUAUUUAAAUCACGGUAAUCUAAUCAUCAAAUGGAGGACUUGUGCCGAUUCGGCUACCAAGUACCCUGGUGGAAAAAAUACUUGAAGAAAUAAUAAGUCUUAAUAAGUC